AUUUAAAUUAAGCCACUCCAAUCGAAACAGGCACGAAAUUGAAACAAUGGCAGAACAGCUUCAAGUGUUCGGUUUCUGGGAAAGUGCCUUCAGUCGCAGAGUGGAGCUAGCUCUCAAACUCAAAGGCAUCGAAUACCAAUACUUCGAGGAAGAUUUGCCCCACAACAAGAGCCAUUUGCUUCUCCAAUACAACCCAAUUCACAAAAAGGUCCCUGUUCUUGUCCACAAUGGAAACCCCAUUUCAGAGUCUCUUGUAAUCCUCGAGUACAUCGAUGAAAAUUGGAAAACAAACCCAUUAUUGCCUCAACAUCCCCAUGACAGAGCUGUUGCUAGAUUCUGGGCUAAGUUCAUCGAUGACAAGGUUGUGGUGGCGGUAGUGAAGGCUGCUGGAAGCGAAGGAGAAGAGAGAGAGAAGGCUGUGGAGGAGGCAGGGGAGGCAUUGGGAGCGCUUGAGAAAGAGCUUGGAAGCAGGACGUUGUUUGGAGGGGAGAGGGUUGGGUUUGUGGAUGUUGUUGGGAGUGUGAUAGUGGGAUGGGUUCCUGCCAUUGAAGAAUGCUUUGGGUUUGAGGUGCUGAGAAGUGAUAAGUUCCCCAAUUUGAUGAAAUGGAGUGAAGAGGUUGCUAAGCAUGGCGUGGUGAAGGAGAUUCUGCCUCCUAAACAUGAGAUUGUUGCAUUUAUGGAAGCUAAUUGGAAAUUUUGAAACUAAAUGUUAGUCCUUCUUUAUAUCACUAAUAAAUUGGAUGAAUUGAAUGUCAGUCGUUUAC